AUGGCGCAUAACACACCUAUUCACGAGUUCUCGCGACAUUCUUCAAAACAUAACAGUGGAAGCUUGCAUGCCAUUACAAAAAACUCCGCUUCAAGUACCUGUUUGAAUAUUUCUCAUUGCUUUUUCAUGAAUAAUUUACUAAUAUGGGCAAGAAAACAACGCGGUCCAUAUUAUGAUCCGACGACACGGAUGUAUCAGGUUGAUUUUAAUUCGAAACGAUACUUUUCCGGAUAUAGUUUAGAAGAUGCCGAGGCCGAAAAUAAUAUCGCCGCCACAUCAGGUCAGAAGAAUCUCCAUACUAAGCCGACAAUUGUUAAUGUUGAUAAGGAAAUAGUCAAUGUUAAUGGCCAUCAUAAUCAUAAUAACCAUCAACCAAAUCAUCAAAACCAACAACAUAAUAUUCUUUCUGCACCGUCCGUGCGGAUCAUAAGUUCAAGUGGUCGUCGUCCUGAAAAUCUGAAAUGA